GAAAGCAUAUCUGUAUGUCUGUAUGUGUGUGUGUGUGUGUGUGUGAAUGAACUUACAAAUAUCGCCGUUAGUAGCGCUCAUAGAAAUUGAAGGAUAGUCGAGAUAGUGAAACUUACAAUUCAAAUUUUUAAAGAAGAACAUUUUUUGUUUUCUGAGUAUUCUGGGGGGCUUUUGGGGUUCUAAUUCGCAGUUUUUUGCGGAUGUUUGAGCGUGAAAAUCGAGAUUGAAGAAUUCAGUGUUGCAAGUGGGAUUGAUUGAAAGAGGCUAUCCCUAAGAAAACUCCAAGUAUCUUCCAAAACUUCCAAAUAACAUCACUGGCUGAAGAAAUGUACGGAAUGACUCAAACUGCCCUCAGAUCCACCAGCCCCAGUCCAGGGACUUCAACAGUUCUUCCAAUUGUCCGGAAGGUGCGUGUGCCUGCGUCGACACCUAUACGAGGUGCUGGACCCUCUGAAGGAGGAAGUAGCUCAAUGACAAAAGCUCCGGGCAGUUUACAUUCGUACAAGGGCCAAAAAUGGAAUGCUUUUCUUGAAAAUACGGAAACUAUGCGAAAUUCAGAAAGAAAAGGAGUUGAGGAUCGCGAUAAAGCUGUUGGGAGUGUGAUGCGGUUAGAUUGCAAGGAAAUGGCAAUUUAUGGUGUAUGCCCAGAGACUGAUCGUUUUAUGGCUGUUAUUUGUCACUAUUGCGGAAGUGUCGUGAAACCGCAAUCCCUCAAAGAGCACAUAAAGCGCCACGCAAAGGAUCCUUCGGCUGCUAGUUCAUUUCAGGAAUUUUGGAAUAAUGAAACAAUUUGUGAAGAAGAUAGCAAACUUAAGCGUCCCAUGGCAGUUUCCCUUACAUCAUUAAAGGAUACGACUGAUCAAUUACACCCUCACAGCCUUGAGAUGCGCGAUCCGGGUAAUUUAUACUACUUCAAAGGUCAAAAGUGGAAUGCUCUUCUCAAGAAUACUGAAAAUUUACAAAAUGUUGAGCAAAAGGUUGAAAGUCGCAUUGAAAGUGGUAGCAACAGUAGUAGUUUAGAUGAUGCUGAGGUACGCAACUGUGGAGCUGUUGUAUGUCACUUCUGUGGGGCUGUUGUUAAGCCGCAUGCACUGCAAGCACAUAUGAAUCGUCAUGCAAAUGAUAGGGUUGGUGAUGUCUCAGUAACGAGUAUUGAGAGGAAACCACGAAUAGAGGGCAAGGGAAUUGGGGUAGAUGAGUCCGAACGUCUUGAUAGUCAACUUAAACCCCCAAAGGCAGCAACAGCAUGCAUGUCGAGUGGAUUUCAACAGAAUACAAGUCCAACUAAGGGAACGACAGCCCUAUCACAUUCUGAUCAUGUAGAAGGAGUAGACACAUUGCUACAAUCUCAACUUGGGAGUGCUGCUAAAGGUGCGAGAAGGGGUCAUGGAUUGCGAGGUAGAGGUAAACAAAUUGGGAAGGAACGAGAGUAUGAUCCUGAUAGGCACUGUGGAGUUUCCAUUGAUUCUGGGAAGCCUUGCACGAGGACUUUAACAUGCAAAUCCCACGCUUUGUCCCUACGGAGACAAGUUCCCGGAAGGAGUGUCCCAUUCGAUAAACUCUUGCUGGAUCAUCGGAAUUCACGAGCAGCACGAUCACGCAAUAGUGCUAGUGGAGUAUUACCCGAUGCGGACUCUAGUAAUUCCUCGUCGAGCUUUGACAUAGAACGCAAGAGUUUGAGUGCAACAUCAAGUUCUAACUCAAGUGGAGGACCCACAGUGGGGUCACCAUUGAGGCACACCGAAGAGCUCGAUGGGGAUCUUGAUCACAAAUUACCUAUUAAACUCACAGAUUGCUCUGUAACGCUGAAUAAGCUAAAACGCGAACAUACAGCAAUUAUGGGUGAGACAUCAACAAAACGACUGCACCUAGAGAAACCAUUGGAGAUGACUGAAUUACCCAAGACUUUACUAGAUGUGCAAAUGGAGUGCCCGCCAAUUUUGGAUACAACAACUCUCUUGACGCCAGAUCAACAACUAACAGUAGCUGUUCCACUAUCAAUGAUUAGCGUGAUGAAUCUGGGCAGUUCAGUAGCAUGUUCCGAAGGAAAUGUCGUAAAUUUGAAUCAUUCCCCACCAGUUCAUCCGGAAUCGGGACUCUUUACCCUCUCAAUAUCCAAUCGGGCACGACGUGAUCAUAAUCGCCUAAAGCUGCAUGUUCUUCGACGAUCUGGUGUUAAAACAGAGGAGAAUCCAUCUGCAGAAUCAACCCCAGAUCCCACAGAGGAGUUCCCGGACAUUGAUACAUGGCAUAGCUCAAUUCCACGUCCAUGUCAGGUGAACAGCAUGAAACUCCGGAGGAUUGGUGGGGGGAGCAUGCUAUCGAGACGCUUCUGCAACUUCCGUAAGGCACUCCUUGCUAACAUGAACACCAACAUGAUUAGCAGUUCUGGACAAACGAUCCUCAGUAGUUCCACCAACAUUGGCACCGUAGCGAGUCUUCUAAGUGGAAGAAGUAACGUUGGCAGUACAUCGGCUAAACAUACAAUUUAUCUCGAUAAGGUCAAUUUUCCCGGGGAAAGGAUAAAGGUUUAGUUAGAGAAAAGCAGUGAUAUGUAUUCAAAUGAAGAGAAUCAAACAGGUGGACUAUUAAAACUGAUUAAAAUUGUUCAGACAAAUUGAGUCUCUGAGGCGACCAUUUAGUGAUUCUUGGAGACUUAAAGGAAUAUAAAUUAUAAAAAGAAAUUAUUUGUAUUUAUUUAAAUUAGAGAAAAUUUUAGAUUUUA